GUCUCCAUAAUCAUCGUCGUCAAAAAAAAAAAGAAAAAAGACACCGCCUCCGUUCUCUCCGCUCUCCCUCUUCCCCUCGUCGGCUCCUCUGACAAACCCCAGCAGGAGUACGGCACCGCCCUCCCGCCCGUCCGUCGCCGGCGAAACUAGGUCGUAACUUCCCAGCCGAGCAGCCCAUCUCGGGUAGGAGGAGCUCAGCGCCGUCGACGCUCCCCGGCGGGCUUCAAUUUCGGUCGCCGGCGACAAGUACUACAGUUAAGCUCCUUGAUAUUCUGAUAACAAACAAGGCAGCUGCAAAGGCUAUAUUCAUCAAAAUGGACCCAGAUCAAGUGGAGAUUCCCUUUAAAGUGCUUCAGGAGAGAGUCCCUGGUAAAAAGAAGUAUUCCUUAAGGGUUAUCAAACCUUCGUCCUCAAAGAAGAUAUGCAGAAGCGUUAACAGUUAUCCCCUUGUCUGUCUGAAGAGGGAGAUGGCAGAUAAUGAUCAUGUGCAUUGCAUAAUGCUUACGCUAAAUCACCGAAACAUUCUCUCAAUGAAAGCCCUAUCCAGGGACAAGGUUGAGAGCAAUGGCCCCUCAUCCUUAGCAGCAUUUGUAGAGCCUUACACUGGACUGUUAUCAUCACUUUGUUUUAAACAUGAUUGCUGGGGUGACAGAAUAAACCACAUUCCUUCACCAUUACUCCAGUCCUUAUUAAGGCAAGUCAUUGAGGGGCUUGACUUCUUGAGGAAGAACAAACUGUAUCAUGGUAAUCUCAAUUGGGAUUCGAUUUUGUAUCUUCAACCGUCUACCGUUAAGCUUGCUAACUUCAGAAAACAAGAGACAAUGAGCUUGGAGGAAGCCCAGUGGGCCGAUUGGUUGUGCCUUAUUAAAAUGCUUGAAGAAAUUUUAGAAAGAGCUGCUGAAAUAAGCUCAAAGCUUGCUCAAUGUGAUAGAUAUUUCUGCGGACAUGUUGAAUCUUUGACUGCUCUAUUGAAAACCCUGGAUAAGACUGCAUUGCCGGCAAUUAAAGAAAUUGUUCUUGGGCAUCCUCUUUUUUGGGAUUUGAUGACGAGGGUAAACUUCUUUGCAAAGGAUAUAUCACUUAGGUUGAAUGAUGACACUUUUAUGUCAAGAGUGAGAGCUUCAAAAAUCCGUAAGCUUCCUUGGAAUGAAGGAACAACUCAAGACUUUAAAGGUCUCCUGUUUGAAAUGGAAACCUAUCGUAAAGAUGAAGGAAUUCCAGCAUAUGACUUCAGAAGCUUAAAAGAUUAUGUACGCUGUGUCUGUGGUGCUUAUGCUCACUGGAAUAAAAUAAAGCUAAAUGUUGACGACAUUGUUCGGCAAAACCAUCCUACCAUAUGCAGUGAUAUCUGGCAUCUUCUUGGAAGUUCAGACAUGUCGCAUGCUGAUUCUAAGAAGCCAGUUGAAGAGAUUAAAUUAAUAUCUGAUGUCGUUAGAGAUUCACCACACAAGAUUUUCAUCGCUGGAAUUCCUAGAGUGAUUUCAUCUAAGAUGCUCAGGGAUAUAGUUAGUUCAUUUGGUCAAUUGGCUGCUUACCGCUUUCUUUUUAAUGAAGACCUUGGUGGAGCAUGCGCAUUUCUUGAGUACAUUGAUCACUCCAUUACAUCAAAGGCAUGUGCUGGCCUUAACGGCAUGAAGCUUGGUGGAUGCGUAAUAACUGCUGUUGGCGUGUUAACUGAUCAUCCUGGGCAGGCUGGCAAUGAAGCUUGCCCAUUUCAUGGAAUUCCUGCCAAUCCCAAACCUCUUCUUGCAGUACCAACACAAGUCCUGCAGCUAAAAAAUGUGUUUGACCAGGAGGAAUACUCGCUGCUUUCAAAAUAUGAGGUAGAUGCAGUAUUGGAAGAUGUACGUGUGAAGUGUGCAAGGUAUGGAGCUGUGAAAUCCAUAAAUGUCGUAGAGUAUCCUGCUGGCAGUGACAACACCAAGGCACCUGCAGUAGAUGCUAGAGACAACGCUUUGGCUUCUAACAACACUGCACUCGAAGCUGGCUGUAUACUUGUAGAGUUCUUGUGCAAGGAGGCUUCAUUCAUGGCUGCUCAUUCACUCCAUGGCCGGCCUUUUGGCAGCAGGAUUGUCUCUGCGGGAUAUGCUCCAUAUGAUCUCUUAUCUCUACCGGAGGUAUUUCCAGUGUUGAGAUUCUGAUGUACUCCACUUUUUUCAAGGGAAAAAUUCUGAUGUACUGAUGGAGCUAAAGCUUGCGUAUUCCCCAACACGAAGUACCUUGUAGCUUUGGUCUGUUGGAUGCAUAAGCGUGAAACUAGUUUUCAAUCAGAAUUGAUACAAGGGAACAAGGGAACAAGUACUUGUUCCUUGGGAUGAAAUAUUGGAUACACGUGAUCAGUAACCAUUUUAUCUGAAGUCA